AUGGAACCCAGAAACCAAAUAGAGGUUUCAGAAUUUCUUCUCAUGAGACUGACAGAGGAUCCAGAACUGAAGAUCAUCCUCUUCUGCCUAUUCCUAUCCAUGUACCUGGUCACCAUCCUGGGGAACCUGUUCAUUGUCCUGGCUGUCAUCUCUGACUCCCACCUCCACACUCCCAUGUAUCUCUUUCUCUCCAAUCUCUCUUUCACUGACAUCUGUUUGAGCACCACCACAAUCCCAAAGAUCCUGGUGAACAUCCAGACUCAGAAUCAGAGUAUCUCUUAUGCAGGUUGUAUCACCCAGAUCAGCUUUGCCCUGACUUCUGCUUGUUGGGAAAAUUUUCUCCUUGGAGCAAUGGCCUAUGACCACUAUGUGGCUAUAUGUCACCCACUUAGAUACCCUGUCAUCAUGAACCCCCACUUCUGUGUUCUGCUGAUUCUCCUCUCCUUGUUCAUUAGUGCCAUAGUUGCCCUGCUCCACAGUCUGAUGGUGCUGCAACUGUCCUUCUGCACAGACCUGGAAAUCCCCCUCUUCUUCUGUGAAGUUGUUCAGGUCAUCAAGCUGGCCUCUUCUGAGGCCCUCAUUAAUAAUAUUCUUCUUUAUUUUGCAGUUAGCAUAUUAGGUGUCAUCCCCCUUUAUGGAAUUAUUUUCUCUUAUACUCAAAUAGUCUCCUCUACUUUGAGAAAGUUAUCAGUAGGUAAAAGGUAUAAAGCUUUUUCUACCUGUGGAUCUCACCUCUCAGCUGUUUCCUUAUUCUAUGGGACAGGUUUUGGAGUGUAUAUUUGUUCUGCAAUUCCUCAGUCUUCCAGGAAGACUGCAGUGGCUUCCUUGAUGUACUCUAUGGUCACUCCCAUGCUGAACCCCUUCAUCUACAGCCUGAGGAACAGAGACAUGAAAGGAGCUUUGAAAAAACUCAUGGGUGGGGUACCUUAUUUUCUGUGA